AUGAAUAAUAGUGAACAUCAUUCACUAUCAAUGAUUAUUAAUUAUGAUAAAAAAUUAAUUAAAAAAUUUCGAAAAUUAACGGAAAAGGUUUUACAUUCAGACAUUAAUCAUAAUAAAAAACAAGAAUAUCUUGAACAAUUUAGAGAUGGAGUUAAUGGUACAAAAUUUAAUGCUUUAUAUGAUUCAUCAAUUUCACAAUCACUAUUACCUUCUCCCAAAUUUUAUAAUACAUCAUUUUUCUCAGAAAAAGAAGAUUAUUCUACAUAUAAAACAUUGACGGCAAAUAGCAUAGAUGAUGAUACGUUGGUUGAAUCAAAUAGGAUUUUUCUAAAAAACAAACAGAUUGAAGCAAAAUUUAAAGAAAAUAAAAAGGAAAAAAUUGUUAAUAAAUUAGAAGAAAUAAAAACUAAUUUAAUUGAAAUAGAAUGUCCUAAUUGUGCAUAUUUAAAUCAUCCAAUAAUGAUAAAAUGUGAAACUAGGUUAACAAUUUUAUCAAUCAAUGACCCUGAUUAUAUUAAAUUUAGAAAUAUUUUAAUAUCUGAAAUACCAAAAUCUAAUGUUAAAGGUGUAAUUAAAAUAGAUAUGCCAACAAAAUUGUUGAAAAACCAUGAAAAAUAUAAAAAAAAUAUAUCAAAAAAGACCGGUUUACCAUUAGAAAAAAUCACUCAUCAAGUAUUUCAUGGAACAACAACAAGGUUCGGUUGUAAUCCUGAAAGAUUUUUAGUGAAUCACAAUUUCUAUAAUGAAAACUAUGAUUGUAAAUUUUGUAAAAAAGGUUGUGGAAUGUGUGGGAUCCUACAAUAUGGAAAUAAAAAACAACUUUCUAAACAUUCAAAAAAAAUGUGGUUUGCACAUAGUACUUUGGUUUCGCGUCAUUAUACAGGAUUUAAUUCUAUAAAAGUGAUGUUUGUUGUUGAGGUAGUAUCAAAAGAUAAUAAUUGGAUUCUUGUUGUAAGGAAAAAUAAGGCAACACUUCCAAAAUUUAUGAUUAUCUUUGAACAAUAA